AUGGCUUUGCGGGCCACUGCACGCUUACAUAAGGGUGCUGUGGUGGAUUUCGCCGUGGACCGGCACUUCGUCUACUCCUUGGGCGAGGAGAUGAACCUUCGAAUCUGGUCGACCGAGCUCAAAGAGGUCGUCGUGAUGCCCAUUGGCCACGUCGAGGCCUCCUGCCUCAUGGGUGAUAUGGCCGCGCCGGUCCUGAGCCCACCCAAGGGCACCGAUGAGAAGGAGGCUGCCUCGUCAUUCCAGCUCUCAAGGCUCUCAGCUCUGAAGCGGCCGGUGUCCAGAUGGUCCGGCGGACAGGCAGCUUCAGGCCGUGGCAGCACCAAUACGCCGCGCGGUUUGCUUUUUGUGGCGGGCGUCAUGGCAAAGGGCCAAUCUGCAGCGGGUGAGAACGCUGCAGUGCUGAUGGAAUGGACCAUAGCAGCGGCACCAGUUUGUCAGGGCGCAGUCAUAGCGCACGCACGGGGCUCAGGUCGCACGAGAGGUCCAAUAUUUCUACCAUCAUCUUCCAUCAACAAGAGAAAGCGCAAAAGAUUAUUGAUGCUUGUCUCACCAAGUCGCCCUCUCAUCAGCUUCCUACAUCUUCCUACCUACACCAUCGGCCAAGAUGGUUUGGUCGCUGACUAG